AUGGCGCUGGCCACCCAUGGGUCCUGGUACAACUAUGUGAAGGGCUGGUGGAGGAAAAAGGAUAGCCACCCCACUCUCUACCUUUUCUAUGAAAAAAUGUUGCAAGACCCAAAAUGUGAAAUUAGGAAAGUGAUGGAAUUCCUGGGGACGAACUUGAAAGAAGAAGUUUUAGACAAAACUGUCUAUAACGCUUCAUUUGUCAUCGUGAAAAAUAACCCCACGACCAACCACAGAAAUGAUGCCAAAAUGAAUCACCAACUGUCUCCAUUCAUGAGAAAAGGAGUCAUCAGAGAUUGGAAAAAUCAGUUCGCUGAUGCUCAGACCAAGAAGUUUAAUGAAGAUUAUAGGAAACACAUGGCUGACACCUCUCUGUCAUUCCACAUGCGCUGUAAGAGGCAGCCUACGUGA